GAAAUUGAGAAAUAUAUGAUUUUCACUACUUUGAUUAUAGAAAACUUCAGAAAUUUUCAUGGGUAGGUAUUUGAUACAGCUUGAUAUAAGCCCGUCCCGAUGUUGAUUAUACAAAUUUGAAUUUUCAGAUGGAGAAAAACAAUGUAUACACGAUUUGGUCCCAGAAUCGACUCCAGAAAACAUUGAUAUGUAUAGAUCCUAAUGAUGAAGACCAGUAUGCCACAUUAAUUCUCAAAGCCUCAGCAAAGAUGGGCAUAAAUGGGUCCACAUUAGUUUUGGAAAGUAAUGGGACUACCGUGGACGAUGAUGUAUUGAUCCAUGUACGCAAUGAAAUUUUGAUCAUGUUGGAGAAAGAACAAACAUGGACUCCUCGUAAUCUUCUAUCAUCACUCUCGACUACAAGUCAAGGUAGUGGCUCUUUGGUGGUUUCCCUUCCAUCCACCGAUACAGUUAUUGCAGAGAACUCCGAGGAAUAUGCCAAUCAAUUUCUCAAUAUGGACUUCGAAAGUGCAGCUAAUUUUGAAAAAUCUUCAACUUUUGGUCCUCAAGUUCUGCAAGAAAACGUUCAAAAUAUUGAAAUACAUCAAAUUAUCGACUGCAAUAGCGAAAAUUUCUGGUUGGAGUUGGAAGUUCCUUUCGACAAAUUGAGCCACAAAGAAAGGGAGGAAUUAUCUAAAGGUGUUCGAAAUAGCAGGACAAGAAAAAAACUUGUACAUUUGUUCGUUAUGUUGAAUAAAUGUUUCCCUUGGAAUUGGCUUUUCUAUUACAAAAAUCUCAACCUUCCAAAUAUAGAAUUAACAGUACAAAAGUACAUUGUACAUUACCUAAUAAACCAAUGA